CGAUGGUAUACACACGCACGCUCGCUGUCUUGCUCUCGGUGAUGGUUGCGGUCGCGUCGGCGGCGCCGCAACAUGUGCGAGCGCGCAGGCAACUCGCCGAUGACAACACUCUACAGCCUAUCGAGGAUGCCGACACAGAUGGGCAGACCAGAGAGAAGAGGAAACUGGAGGGCCUCACCCAGGCCAAGUUCGGUGUCAAAAACGCAGUGCUGGGUUUCGUAUUUGGGAAAAUAAACUCGAUAAUCGAUGCGAAGACUCGAUUGGUGGACACUCUUGACAAACAGAACAUUGAGAUUAACAAACAAUACGGCAUAGAGCCACCGCAGAACGGGCUCGCUUCUUUGAGCGGUAUUGUGAGUCAAGUGUUGACGCCAAAGCUGCAACUUCUCGGACCUAAGAUCCAAGCGGUGUCAUCGUUGUUCGGCGGCUCAUCUGGCUCUGGCUCAUCUGAUAGCCAAGGUGGGGGCGGAGGCGGACUCGGCUCUAUCUUAUCCCUCGUGACGUCCCUGUCCGGUUCCGCAUCCGGCGGCGGCAGCAGUCCCGGUGGCACUGUCGAAACCGUAGAUUCCUCUGAAGAAGAUGAAUCGUGAUUUAACCUCUUUUAAUUUACGACACUAACCUGUAAAUAUAUAUGAAAAAAUAACUGCCAGUGUGAUUGGAUGCUUAAGAGGACAUAGGGGCUUACUUUAAGUUGGGUAAUGUAAGAUUUUAUGAGGCAUGCAAAAAUAUAAUUGUUAAGGCAAAAUUGUAUAUUGUAAAUAUUGUUCUUAGUAUGUUUAAAUUUCUUUUCACUUUUUUUUACGUUUUAUAUUAACAGAGUAAAUAAGAUCUUUUUAGAAUAAUAAAUUCCGUUUCUAUAUUGUAAUUAUUUGUUUGGUUUUGAUAGUCAAAGUCGUCAAUCGUGUUUAUUAAUUUUAUGUAGAACCUAUGAAAAUUUAUGCAUUUUACGAAUCAUUUUAGUAAUUUUUACCAUCACAUUCAACCUACUUAGAGCGACCUUGUCUAUCGAUGACCAAUUAAAUUGUCAUUUUUGUUUAUAAAAAUGUAUAUUAAAAGUUAACCCAGUGAAAUCUGUUGUAACAAUAUUUCAACACGCAACAUUUUGGUGUGGUGUAAACAGUUAUAUUUUAUUUUGUCGUUAGUGUCGUAAUAUAUUCUAUUAAUAUAUCCCUGUGUCCUCUCCUUGUACAGUGAAAUUUUUCUUUAUAAAAAAAACCCUUUUAUACUAUAUUUAUAUUGUAAAUAGAUUAAGAAGAACGAAUUACUGGUGAUAAUAAAAAGUUUCCUCACAUUUGUGAU